AUGUCACAAAUUGCCCUGCCUCAUAUUCCCUCUAUUGUUCCUAUCUCCGAGCGCGAUUUCCCAAUAUUAACGGAAUUCAUCUACUCCUCCAAACUCAGUCUCGCGAUUAAUAGCUUCCUUUAUGAAGACUGGCCUAACGAAGCUACCCAGAAGCCAAUUUACAGACAAGCUGUAGAGUCGUCGUUCAGCAACCUGGCAUCCCUCUGCCUCAAAGCUGUUCAUCAAGAGUCCGGUGAUAUCAUUGGAUAUCUCGUCCUCACGCGCAAACGCCCUGGAGAAGGCAGCUCUCCGGAGGAAGAAAGCACCGCUGGCCAAGACGUCCUAGAAAUGAUGAACGCAGAAGUCUUUUCUACAGUUGCACAAGCAGCGAAUAAGAUUAGUGAGGAGACAGAUCAGCUUGACCGCCUUGAAUUGGCAUUUAUUUACAUCAAACCUUCGCAUCGCAAGCAAGGCAUUGGCCUACUGCUAAUGCGGGACGCUUUGUCGAGGGCGAAGCAGAAGGCGGAGUCCUGUAUAUUUGCUCUGAGCCGACUGUCUAUGAAUUCUACAACAAGACAGGAUUCCAAGAUGUAG